UUAGUGUGGAGUGGGAGUGUCUGCGCGCUGCUCUCUUUCCCAGCAGGAAAAACGCUGGAGCCGAAACACUUUGGCACAGCGCGCACUGCUGCAGAGGAGAGAGCAACGGCUUCAACACACCGAGGAUUAUGUCAGCUUCCCGUCGCAUCGAGGGACGCUUCAACCAGCUGAUGAACAUCCACUGCCUCUGCUUCAGCUCAGCGGACACUCGUCGCUCUGUUUACCACAUGAUCUGCUGAAAUCCCUCCACUACAGGCUGCUGCGUCGGCUCCAUCCCCAUCCUCCCUCUUCUCCUCUUCCUCCUCCACCCCUCCACCAGCUUUCUGUAGUCCCGAAGCCAGGAUGGAAAAGACGCUCUGCAGUCCCGGGACCAACAGAACCAACUCCUCCUCGUCGCCCAGGAAGCCCGCAAGUCGGAGCGGCUCGCACAGCCCCGGUUCCGGUUCUCUGGGAGGCUCGGCUGGAGCCGGAGGCGGCCGGGGGACGGUGCAGGGCAGCGGCGUGAGUCUGCAGCAGCAGGAGCUGCAUGCGCGCAGGAGGCAGCUGGAAGGAGUGCUGAGCAAAUACACCAACCUGAUCCAAGGCUGGCAGAACAGGUACUUUGUGUUGGAUCCUGAGCUCGGCCAGCUGCAGUACUUCAUCAAUGAGCAGGGGAAAACCCAGAAGCCUCGAGGGUCGCUGCCCCUCAUCGGUGCCUCUGUAACCACGAGCGACGAGGCGCCCUACAUGUUCAUCGUUCACUCCGUCAACGGGGAGCUUUACAAACUUAAAGCGUCUGACACUAAGGAGCAGCAGUUUUGGAUCAAUCAGCUCCAAGCUUGUGCCAGACGCCACUCUGACAGCAGUGCCAAGGGGAGGAAGCUGAAGAGCUCAGAUGAACACCUGAGUGUUGACCGAGCGGGAGGGGGACAAGAUGAUGCUCGGACAGCAGAGCAAGGGGCAGAGCAGAACGAUGGAGAGGUGGCUGGAGCUUCAGGGCUCCAGGUGAGGAAAAAGGAAAAGGAAAAAGGCUCCUCAUCAUCUGGUCGGACACGUAGCUUCUCCCUCCUCCCACACCUAACUCCAUCUUCAUCCCCGAACUCCCAGAGGCACCAGGGCCAGUCGGCCGCGCCCAGCAACAUCGUCACCAUCACCCACCACAAGUCCCCAGCUGCAGCUCGCCGGUCCAGGAGUCAGUAUCCAGGACAGCUGCUGGAGGUCAAGGAGGUGAUGUCCCAAGCAGAGGGCCAACAGAAGGACCUUGUCCACUCCAUCGACUCUCUGCCCACCAAAGGCCCGCUGUCCUGUUUGGACCAGGACCUGCUGCUGCUCAAAGCCACGUCUGCUGCCACGCUCAGCUGCCUGGGAGAGUGCCUGAACAUCCUGCAGCAGACUCAGAGCCACAGCAGCCAAGCGCCGCCUCAGUCCCACGCCUCCCAGCGUAACCGGGGAACCCUCUCUGAUGGUGUUCCUGUGUGGAUUGUACCAAAGUCGCCCUCAGGCGAGCAGCUGAAGAACGGAGGUCUGACUCCUCUACAAUCAGCCGAGCACUCCCCGGCUCUCAGGAAAAGGAGUCUGUCCCCUGGUGCUGAGCAGCACCUCGGGCUGGAGGACAUCAGUCCCAGUGAGGAGGUGACGGACACGGAGGACAACGAUGAGGAGGAUCUGGGCGUCCUGGACGACCAGCGCAGCGUCAUCCUUCACCUGCUGUCCCAACUCAAACUGGGGAUGGACCUCACGCGGGUGGUGCUGCCCACGUUCAUUUUGGAAAAGCGAUCCCUGCUAGAGAUGUACGCCAACUUCAUGGCCCACCCCGACAUGUUCCUGUCCAUCACAGCCGGGGCCACCGCCGAGGACAGAAUCGUGCGCUUCGUGGAGUAUUACCUGACCGCGUUUCACGAGGGACGGAAAGGCGCGGUGGCCAAGAAGCCCUACAACCCGGUUCUGGGGGAGACGUUCCACUGUUCCUGGGAAGUUCCUCGGGACAAAGUCAAACCUUUGGUCAGAUCAAACCAAGGGCCGGCGCGGGAACCCGGCAGAGGAUCCAACAACUCGCAGCAAGGGGAAGAUUCGCCCGACGGCUCUUACAGAGUCCGGUUUGUCGCAGAGCAGGUGUCCCAUCAUCCACCUGUUUCUGGGUUUUACUGCGAGUGCCGGGAGCGGCAGAUGUGCAUCAACGCUCACGUGUGGACCAAGAGCAAGUUCAUGGGCAUGUCUGUGGGCGUGUCCAUGGUGGGAGAAGGAGUCCUGUGUCUCCUGGAGCACGACGAGGAGUACGUCUUCACGCUGCCCUGCGCCUACGCCCGCUCCAUCCUCACCGUCCCCUGGGUGGAGCUGGGGGGAAAAGUCUCCAUCAACUGCAUCAAGAGCGGCUACUCAGCCACGGUGACCUUUCACACAAAGCCUUUCUAUGGAGGGAAGGUGCACAGGGUGACAGCGGAGGUGAAACACAACCCAACCAACACCAUCGUGUGCAAAGCACAGGGCGAGUGGAACGGCACGCUGGAGUUCACCUACAGCAGCGGGGAAACCAAAGUGAUCGACACGUGCAAACUUCCUGUCAUCAGGAAGAAGCUGCGACCCGUAGAGAGGCAGGGCAAGAUGGAGUCCAGGCGGCUUUGGCAACACGUCACCAAGUCUCUGAAGGAAGGAAACAUGGAAGAAGCCACGGAGCACAAACACAGGCUGGAGGAGAGUCAGCGGGUGGAGAAGAGGAAGAGAGCAGCGGAUAACAAACCCUGGACACCAAAAUACUUCACUAAAGAGGGAGACGGUUGGAUCUACAACAACCCGCUGUGGAAGUCGACCUGACAGCGGAACAACGCGCCUCCUGCGGAUAAAAACCCCGUCCUCCACGCCGAGGCCUGGUCUCAAAGCGAAGCGGCGCCGUCCUCCACGGACCUUCAGAUUCACAGACGGUGGAGAGAAACAUGAAGCAAGCGAGGUGCCAAAGGGAUUUCCUCAGUUGGAACCAACAGAGUGAGCCUUUGGACCCCCGGGACCGAAGAACACUUUUAUAGUCUUACUGCUUACAGUAGAAUAUUUCUAUUUUUCACUUUGCUAAGGCCUUUUCUUUCCCACAGUGACGACAUUUAGCACUUGUAUUAGUUUGACUGGUCAUCAGUGUUGAAGCUUUAGACCCGAUCAAGUCUUCUGUAACACACCACACUGUAGCUGUAAAUGACUUUGUUAAUGAAGCACUUUUACCAGAGAAAAAUUAACUAUUUUAUACGUCACAGUGGCUUUUACCUCUCUGAGCUUUACAGAAAUCUAACCCUAUUGAAAGAAGAGAUUUAAAUGUACGACGUUAUAUCAUAGUCUAUAUUAUUACAGUGUUUUCGUCUGCACUCUGAAUGUAUCUGGCCACAUUUUAAUAUUCCUCACCGUAAUUGUAUUGACUGAUUCAACAUGUUUUCACCUGUUUUUCCCCCUAAAUCUUCAUUCAGCAACGUCUCACUCAGUGGAUGAAAAUCAGCUGCCAAACAGAAUAUUUCCAUUACUACCUCAUGUUUUUGCUACAAACUGUAAUUCUGGUUCGUUUGUGGCUCAGAGCUCCUGGGUCCACUGCGUCUGUUUUGUAUCUGUAACCCCAAGAUGACACUGGUGUAAUUAGGCAGCAGCCCCUCAAACGCCCAGCCUGCUCCAGUUUAUGCUUCUCCUUAGGUUGCCGUGUUAAUAUGGAUGAGGCAGUUUGCAGAAACUCUGGAGGGGGAGAGGAGUUUGCUGGAAGGCUGCCUCUGAAGAUGAGAGGAUCGACUCCACCAACCACAGGGGAGAGGAGAUGUACUGGUUAGUACUACUCACAGGAGACAAACCAAGUGGCCAACUUCCAGAUGUUCUAAAAUAAAACUAAGGAUUUAAACAC